UAGAAAACUACUUGUUGAAAAGUUAUAUAAAGUUAAUAAUUUUAAAUGUAUUUGUAAAAUUACUAAGAUUAAUGAUAAUAUAUAAAAAUAUAAUAUAAUAUAAAGAUUAAUAAAUUAUUAAUCUUAAAUAUUAUGUUGAUAUUUGUUCAUAAUUCAUACACAAUAAGCGGAAUCGUUAUUCGCAUAAUUUAAGCAUAAUAAAUCACAUUCGCUUGUACAGAUGUAAUAUGCAUAUUUGUUUUAUGAUUUGUCCGUAUGAUAUAUACAUAUAUAUAAUGAUAUGUAUGUGUGUAUAUAUAUAAUUGUAACAAUUAUUCAUUUGAUACGAAUGAUUCGAUAUUGGAAUAAAAAUAAUUUAUCAAAAUAAUAAUCAUUGUUGGCAAUAUUAACGACUGGGAAAAAAUUUAUUCUAUCAACUUAGUAAAGAUAUUAUUUAAUGGAUCUAUAUGAUCGUCAUCUAAAUACAAAUAAUAAUUCCGCUCAUUGAAUAAACUGAUGUAUAAAUAAAUACAAAUUAAUAUGUAUCAUAGUAACUUAUCAGAUAUAGUUAAAAUCAUUAAUUUUAUAUAUGAAUAAUACUAAACUAAUAGAUUCCUAAACUUAAAAUUAUUUUUUAGAUAAAAUAAUUGAUCAAAAAUUAUUAGAAAAUACAAAAAGAAUCAACAAUUUUUGCUAUUCUAAAAUAAAGUUUAAUCAUAAUUUCCUUUUAAUUAAUAUCUUUUUUGAAAAAUGACAUUAUAAAAAAGUAAUAACGAUAUUAUUAUAUUUAUCCAUAUAAGUAUAAAUACAUAUAUAUAUAUAUAUAUAUAUAUAUACAAUAUAUAGAAUAAUAUAUAGAUAGAUAAUAUACAGAUACAAGAAUAAAUUACAACAAAAUAAAUUAAUAAUAAUAUUAUGACCAACAUUGUGAGAAAUGUUUGUCUUUCAAGUGGUUAUGAUAUGCCUCUAAUUGGAUUUGGAACAUAUAAAAUUCAAGGAAAAGAAUUAAUAUAUGAAGUAGUGGAUGAAAGUUUAAAUGUUGGUUUUCGUUCUAUUGAUACAGCUGUAGUAUAUCGAAAUGAAGAAGAUAUUGGCUAUGCUUUAAAAAAUUUAUUACCAAAAUAUAAUCUUCAAAGAAGUGAUAUUUUUAUUACAACUAAGCUUCCACCAAGUGUAAAUGGAGAUCCAAAGGGAAUAGAACAAUGUGUUCAGAAAUCUCUGAAAGCAUUCAAUACUACAUAUAUUGACUUGUAUUUGAUUCAUUGGCCAGGAGCAACUCGUAUACCGGAAACUUCAACAAAUAAUCUAAGUUUAAGAGCAAAAACUUGGAGUAAGUUAGUAGAUUUGAAAAAACAAGGUUUUAUAAGAUCUAUAGGUGUGUCUAAUUUUACAAUUAAACAUUUACAAGAAUUAUUACAAAAUUGCAAAGAUAUACUACCAGCAGUUAAUCAAGUUGAAUUGCAUCCACAUUAUCGUCAAGAAGAAUUAAUAAAAUAUUGCAAUGAAAAAGGAAUUCAUAUACAAGCAUAUUCUUCUUUAGGAACUAGUGGCAAUAUUAAUCUUUUAAGAAAUCCAAUUGUGUUAAAAAUAGCUUCUCAACUUAAUGUAUCAUCAGCGCGAUUGUUAUUAAAUUGGGCUUUACAACAAGGAAUUGGUGUUAUUCCUAAAGCUGUAAAUAAAGAACAUAUAAAAGAUAAUAUUCAAUUAGAUUUUUUAAUUGAUGAAGAGAGUAUGAAUAUUUUAUUUUCUUUACCUCAAGUCAAAUAUGCUUGGGAUCCUUCUAAUGUGUAUUAAAUCAAUUAAAAAGUAAAUAAAAUAAAAAAUAUGGAAGAUUUUGCAGAUAAGGUUGCACAACUUUGUUUAGAAAAAUACAAUAAACUUGGUAAGAAUGGUAAACCAUCACAAAAAGAAUGGACUGUAUUAUCAGGUAUAGUAUUAUUAAAAAAGGAUGGUACACUUUCCCUAGUAGCUCUUGCUACAGGGACAAAAUGCUUAGGAAAAAUAGAUUUAAUGAAUACAAAAUUAUAUGAAGAAGGAUGUAGAUUAAGUGACUCACAUGCAGAAAUUCUCGUCAGACGUGCCUUCUUAAGAUAUUUAUAUGAACAAAUUGAUUUUUUACUCAAUGGUGUUAAAAAUAAUGUCUUUAUAAUAGAUGAUAAAAAAAAGAUUAAGAUAAAUGAUGGCAUAUCAUUUCAUUUUUUUACAAGUCAAACUCCUUGUGGAGAUUGUUCUAUAUUUUUAAAAGAAGAAGAUAAUGCACCUCCAAUAAAAAUUAAAAAAUAUAAUCAUAAUAUCGAAAUAGAAAUAAAAUCUAAUGUCAAUGAAAAAAAAAAA